AUGACGAAUAUUCUAUCUACUUGGACUUUGGUUGGAUUUAUGGUAGUGAAUAUUUUGGUUCUUGAUUACGUCAGGUGCGAUAUCAAUUGGAAUGGAAAUAACUGGGCCAUGUCAUGUGAUUUUCGUGGAAGUGAUCUGUCUAACGUACAAAUUGCGUCAAAUCUUUGUGGUGGAAAAUGUGUUGAAACUCAAGGAUGCACUCACUUUACAUGGACUCAGUACAAUGGUGGUACUUGUUGGAUGAAAUAUGGUAUAGUUUCCAAAAGUGAUGCUUUCGCAACCACUGAUACAACGAUGAUCUGUGGUGUAAACAAUGGAGACCCGAACGUAAACCGCGCAAACAGGACAAUGCUCAAUAGCCUUAGAGAAGAUAUCAAGAGUGGUCGCAAACCUAUUCGAGGUGUCAAUCUAGGAGGAUGGCUUGUUGCCGAACAUUGGAUGACGACAGCGUCGCCAGCAUGGAAUGGAGUUCCGGACGACAUUGCCAAUCAGGGCGAAUAUCAAACGAUGCAACAUCUAGGUCAUUCCAAAGGUGAUUCUCAAUUCAAACAGCAUCGUGAUUCAUUCAUCACUGAACAAGACUUUCGCGAUAUCGCUGUUGGCAGAAUGAACGUUGUUCGAAUUCCUGUUGGAUAUUGGAUUACUGGCUUUGAUAAUAGUGGUGGUGGUGAUCUAAAUGGAUGGCGAAUGUUUGCUCCCAAUGCAAUCGAUUACCUUGAUCGAGCUAUUCGAGAAUGGGCACCACGAUACAAUAUACUUGUAUUAAUUUCAUUUCAUGCUGCUAAAGGUAGUCAGAAUGGAAUGGAUCAUAGUGCACCAUCUGAUCCAGGCAAAUCACAUUGGGGAAAUUAUCCGGAGAAUGUUAAAAACACCUUAGAUGCUGUCGAAUGGUUAGCACGAAGGUAUAAAGAUGAUACAGCAUUUCUUGGUAUUGGUCUACUCAACGAACCAUCGGGUACAACUCCUGAGAGUGUAUUGAAACAAUACUACUAUGAUGCUUAUGGACGUAUUCGUCUUUUCUCCGAUUGCCUUCUAGUUAUUGCUCCUUUACUCCAACAGCAGGGACCUUAUGACAGUGAUUGGAAUAAAUUCAUGCGAUGGCCCAAUUUUUACAAUCUUCGUCAUGAAUGGCAUCGUUAUCAAAUUUGGGGUUUUGAGGGUUGGGACGAGAAUCGACUGAUUGCCUAUGCACAGAAUGAACUAAAGAAUGGUGUAAGUCAAUGGACAGGUAACUGGGUAUUUAUUGGCGAGUGGUGCAUUGCAUCAUCGGCUAGCUUUAGCAAUGAUUAUGAUCUACAUCGUUAUGCUCAAGCACAACUCGAAGCAUUCAAUAGUGCUCCCGGUGGAUGGACCUUUUGGACAUGGAAAUUCUAUAAUGAUGAUGGCUCACGCAAUGGAUGGAGCUUGAAAAGCAUGAUCAAUCGAGGUUUCAUUCAAGUUUAA